GGCUCCGGCCCCGUGUCCGUCCUGCCCCGGAGCGGGGUCAGCUCCGCUCUUCCAUCCCCUGAGCCCCGCAGCGAUUCCUGCCGCUGGCACCGAGGGACCUUCCCGCUGAGCUCCGCCAUCGCAGCGCCGCAAACCGCGCUCCUGCCGGCCGAGGGAGGGACCCUGCGGGCCCGGCCCUUCCCUCAGUUCCGUCGCUGCUCUCCCUCCCUCAGCUCCGCCCGUUCCCGCCCCCGCUCCCGCCAUUGCCAUUUGAGGGCCGUGGCCGUUACCGAGCGGGGCGGCGAGAGCGGCUCCAUCGCCGAGCAGAGGAGCCCGGAGUGGUUCCAUCGCGGAGAGGAGGGGCACGGAGCGGCUCCAUCGCCGGGCGGAGCUCCCCGGAGUGGCUCCAUCGCCCGGCGGAGCUCCCGGGAGGGCGCUGAGGGUCCCCGUCAGCCUGAGGGGCCCGGCCCGGUGAGCGCCGCCCUCCCGGGACACCGCGGGGUCGGGGCCGCUUUUCUCGUAUUUCAGCUCGUUGCUGUCGCUGUGACUCGCAGGGUUCAGGCGUGGAUCCCUCUCGCUGUGAUUCGCAGGUUUCGGGUUUGGAUCCCUCUCCCAGCCCAUCGCUGCCCGUGUCCGGAGCUGCCCGGGACAGCUCGAGCUGUGCUCCUCGCUCUGGCCCCACUGCCCGGGCUGUGCGGUACAGAACAGGGUGAGAGGGGAGCUGUGCUGCAGCAUUUUAAGGACCUUGGUGGUACCCUGGAGCACAAGAAAGCAGUUCUGCUGAGCGUGCUGGAUGAACUCGACAGCCACAUUUCAGAGAAAUACCAUCCCCUCAUGGAGGAGGUGGAAAUCCUGAAGCUGGGAGUGAGUGAGCUCAAGGAGCUGCACCCAGCUCUUCAGAAAGAGGAGUCCCUGCUGCUCUUCCUGGAGAAGAUGAACGAGCUGCCUGUGGCUCCACCUGGACCUGUGGAGAUCCAUGCUGGGAUGGAGAAGGUGCUGCAGGACACGUGGUCUGCAACUGAAAUCGGGCAGGUGCACAGGAUCCACACCCCAGAGCUACACCUGGCUCACAAUUCAAACAGCAGCAUCUGCACUCUGGGCUGCUGUUACUGAACCACAGGCUCUUCACUGAUCCUGAUUCCACUUGUGUCCUUAUGGCACAAGGAAAUCCCAUCUGGCACCAUCCCAGCUCCUCUGGCACGUCUCUGGAAUUCCUGCUGUGGAUUUAUCAGGAUUCCUGCACCUCCCUGCAGGCCAGAGUGCAGGAGCUGUGCCACUCCUCUGGCCUGCCACUGGAGCUGUGCAGGAGAACCCUUCCUGACUACCUGGAUUAGACUGAAAACCUCGUGCAGCAAUCCAGCAUGAUUUUCAAUUUCUACUUUAAAGCUGGAUUGUUAAAGCUCUACACUUGUUCUGUUUCUGUAUCCUUCCUUUUCUGUAUUGUAUGGAUUACCUCUGAAGUCCUGAUCCACUUCAGGUGAGGAGAGGCGAGCUUUGCCUUGAUCCACAGCUGCAGAAUCUGGUCCUUCACAUCCUCCUGGAAUUCUCUGCCCAAGUUCUGCACUGCUGAGCUUCCCCUGCUGGAAUUCUCUGCCAAAGAUCAGGUGUAUUGCUGAGCUUCUCCCAUAAUUCUUGGCAGUUUUGCAUUAUUUUACAUUAUUUUGCAGUAAAUUACACCAAUUCCUUAAAUUGCUGUCUGUUUUUGGUGCUGCCCCUGCCCAACCUGAUGCAUUUUCUCUUUUCAUCAAUUGACAUCUCCCUUUCCUCAGUUUUUACAUGACAUUCAAAAACUGCAAUUUAUCGAUGCUGGGUUUAUAUUAACAAGAUCAAAAUUUUAAAAUAUUUAUUUAGAAUUUACAAAACAAAGUCUAUGAUACAAAAUGAGACCAGACAAAAAUAAAAGCAGCUGUGGGGCUGGAAGUUGCUUCCUCCCUAUCUCUCGGCCACACUGCACGCAGGGAGACCAAGUUCCUCCAGUCCUUUCAGAGCCAGGAUUUUGGGGUUGGUGGCCACACUUUUGGUGGUGUUCUGGGUUUUAUAAAUCCCAAUUAAUCUGUCUGCAAUCUCAAACAUGUUGUUGCGCAGGCUGAUGAUGAUGAACUGGGCGUUUUUGGUUUGUUCCUGAAACAGAAGGGAUUUGUGUUAGUGCCCAGCAUUCCCAAAAUCCCCUCUGGCCUGGUGUGGCACACAAAGCCACGUUUAAAACUGCAGCUGCAGGCAGGGAACUUCCAAGAGUUUCCUUAAUCUGAAGUAGCUGCCCCUAAUCUGUCAGUUAAUAAUAACUCUGAAUCUUCAUGUUCAAUUACCUGAACUGGAGCUAUGUAAAGGGUUUGCUUUGAUUAAAUAUGCUGAGGGCAGAAGUUUUAAAGGCAUGAAAAAAAAAUUAAUUACUACUAAUUAAUAUAUAGAUCAAAGACACUGAUGGGAAUGACAUGGAAGUGUAAAUCCAAGGAACCCUGGGAAAUCACAAGCUUGGAUCCAUGGAGACAUCAGUACCAGCUAAAGCUGUGUAUUCUGCCAGCAGCUGAUGGCUUUGGGGGAAGUCUGUGUGUUCCAGGGGGAGCAGUAAAACAGCAGCAGCCCAGACCUCAGAUCUGCCUGUGACUGUGUGGCUGCUUUGUCCCUUCUGGAGGAGGAGGGCCCCUCCCAGGAAGCUGAGCCAUGAGAACUCACAUAGAUGUAAAAUGCCACGAUGGAGACGUUCUUGAAGUCCAGGGCAGCGUCGAUCUCGUCCAUGAAGUACAGCGGGGUGGGUUUGUAGUGGUGCAGGGCAAACACCAGGGCCAGCGAGCUCAGCGUCUUCUCUCCUCCUGACAGGUUGAAGAUUUUCUUCCAGCUUUUCUUGGGAGGCCGGACACUGCAACAGAGCAAGAUUGGGGCUGUCAGGAAUGCUGAUCCUGCCUGAGCCCAGCUGGGUGACACAGCGCUGUUCUGUGUGCCUCACUGCCUUUCCAGCUCAUGGAUUUAUCCUGGGAGCAUUCCUGCCAUCAUUCCCUAGGCAGAAUGAAGGGGCCUGGGAAAUGAGUUUAAAGCUUUCCAACUGCUUUAGCUCCUGAUUUCUCCAGGAGAAAGAAAUUGAUCUAAGAGCUAAAAACUUGUGGUUUCUGUCACUAUUUGCCCACAUUGAGCCUUUCUUGGUUCACUGAUGAUCAGUGAGCAUUUACUUUAAAAACAGGUUGAAAAAAGGACUAUGAUGAUUAAAAACUAAUGGUAUAUAAAGUAUUUUAAAAACCUGAACAUGAUUCCCUCUGAGAAGGGAUCCAGACUGUCCACAAGCUCCAGCUCAGCAUCCCCUCCCAGCGUGAGCAUCUGGUAGUUCUCCUUCAGCUUGUUGGUGAUGACAUUAAACCCUGCCAUGAAUUCGUUCAGCCUCUGUUUCCUCAGCUGUUCAAAGGCCUCUCUGAAUUUGUCCCUCUCGCUGGUGAUGUUGUCCAGUUCUUCCACGUGCUUCAGGUACAGCUCUUCCUGCAGGGGAAAACAACCAAACCCAAGGGCACUCAGAGCAGCUGCAGUUUAAACCUAAACACGUUUCCUACCAUUUGAACAUUCCUUCUCCCCAGCUUGGCUAACAGCCCUGAAACAAAACCCCCAAAUUGUCUCUCUUUUCCCAUCUCUGCUGCUGAGGGAAAACAAAAAACCAAACUUGUGCCAAAAUAAAAAAUACUUCAUCUGUUGAAUGGUUCACUAUUACUAAUGUGAGGAGGGAAAAAUCUGGGUACUGUGUGUCUGUCUCAGCUGUGAUGACUUGAUUCUGUUAAAUAAAUAUUCCCAGGAGAAUCAUGGAAUUAUUUAGGUUGGAAAAGACUUCAGGAUCACCCAGGAAGUCGUUGUCACCUGACACUGAUGGUGUGGGAAACAAAAGGCACAGGAAGCUCCUAGAAACAACUUUCACCUUGGCUAAGGAUGAGCUGCUACCAACAGGAACAGCAAAUCCCAGGCUUCCCAAAGGAAGGAGGGGGAUGGGGGCUGUCAUCCCGGAAUGCCCAGGGCUGGACUGCCCCCAGGGCUGUACCUUGCGCCUGUACUCGGCGAUGGCGCCCAGGUUGGGGCGCAGCUGGUGCUGCUGUGCCUCCAGCAGCGCGAUUCUCUUGCUGAGCACGUCGGGCUCCUGCAGCGCCUCCAGCUCCUCCUCGCUCAGCACCCGCAGCUGCUCGGGGGCCUCGCCCUCGAUGGCGUGCAGGGACAGCUUGGAGAUCUGCAAACACACCGGUGGCAAGUUUAACACACACCUGGAGCUGCUUCUCACAGGAGGUUUUUCUGGGUUAGUACAGGGAAGUUUCUAAUCUCCAA